AUGGCAACCAGUGAAACCGCAACUAUGGGAAGUACCACCAGCUUUGUACAAUCUACACCACCGAGUGUUGUACAAUCUACACCGCCAAGUUUUGUACAAUCUACACCGCCACCCAGCCCUCUGCCAUCAGGGACGAUAACUACUGAAGAUAACUGUGGCCAAGUUCCUCUAAACAGCCGGAUUGUGGGAGGAGAGGACGCCCCUCCUGGCAACUGGCCCUGGCAAGUCAGCAUCUAUAAUCUUUGUUAUGGAAGCCACGUCUGUGGAGGGACUCUCGUCAACAACCAAUGGGUACUCACGGCUGCCCACUGUAUUAGUUGGAGAUCUGAUCCCGAUGUCUGGACUGUUUACCUGGGAAAGCAAAAUCUGAGCUCGACCGCUCCCAAUCCAAACGAAGUCAAACGCUAUGUCGACAAAGUCAUUGUACAUUCUGACUACUACAGUGAGCCCUAUGCCAACGACAUCGCUCUGAUGAAGCUUGAUAGGCCGGUUGACUUCACGUCCUACAUCAGACCCAUCUGCCUGGCUUCCAACAUGAGCAGUUUCCACAAUGCCACAUGCUGGGCUACCGGCUGGGGCACUGUUGGUUACGGAGAUCCUCUUCCAGAUCCUGGGACGCUGCAGGAAGUGGAGCUGCAGGUGGUGGGAAACAAUGAGUGUGCCUGUGAAAUUCAAAACACUCGUUUGGGUGACGUCAUUCUGCCCACCAUGAUCUGUGCCGGUGGGAAGAAGGGGAAAGCUGUGUGUCAUGGAGAUUCUGGAGGUCCUCUGCAGUGUAAACAAGGCUCCACGUGGGUGCAGGCUGGGAUCACCAACUUUGGGAUUCCAUGUGGCACAGGCUCAGCUCCAGAUGUCUACGCUCGCGUCUCUGCGUUCCAGACAUGGAUCAUGGAGAACAUAGGAGAGGGACCAGGACUGGGCCUUGUGACAUUCAACUCCAGUGGCAUUGACACAGACAGCAACUUCACUUGUGACACCGGUACAUAUAAUUUCAAAAAAUCUGUAUGA